AUGAAUAAGUGUCAUUUAUAUGAUAAUAAAGUAUAUUUCAAUGAGAAAUUCAUUAGCAAUCCUUUUAGUUAUAGAAAUGAAAUGACAUUAGAAGGAAUAAAAUAAUUUUUUAUUCAAAUUGAUAAAGAAGAAUGGAAGUUCGAGACUUUAUGUGAAAUAUAUAACACAUUAACUAUUACUUAAUCAAUUAUCUAUUGUUCUAACAGGGAAAAGUGUAAUUGGUUGGCAAAUUAAAUGAUAGAAAAUUAAUUUACUGUAGUUUAAAUGCAUGAAAAUAUGAGUUAAUAAGAAAGAGAUAAAAUAAUGGCUGGCUUUAAAUAAGGAAAUUAUAAAGUCUUAAUUACUAGCGAAAUCUUUGGGAGAAGUAUCAUUUAUACAAUUAUCAAAAGGUAUUGAAAUUGAAUUGAUUUCCUUGAUUAUUAAUUAUGAUUUACCAUAAUUAAAGGAAUUAUACAUUUAGAGAAUUGGAAGAACUAGUAAAUUUGGAAGAAAGAGCAUUUCCAUUAAUUUUUUAGUAUAAGAAGAUCUUAAAAUGCUAAAUGAAAUUGAAUAAUAUUAUUAAACAAAAAUUGAAGAGAUGCCAAUAAAUUUUACAGAUUUUUUAUGA